AUGGCAUUCCCACCAGAAGAUAUAACACAAAUUGUAUUGGAAAUAGCCACGAUAUUACGAACGAGAAAGCAAACAUUGGCAGUUUCUGAAGCUGCUUGUGGUGGUUUAAUAUCAGCUUAUUUAGUAUCAGUACCUGGGGCAUCGGAUUUUUAUAUUGGUGGAAAAUUAUUAUAUUCAAUGAAAACAAGAUUAAAACUUUCUGGUUGGUCUGAAAAUGAAAUAAAUAAUUAUAUGGGACCUAGUGAACAAGUUGCUUUAAAAUUGGCUCGAACUACAAAAUAUGAAUUAGGUUCUACAUUUGUAUUAUCAGAAACUGGAUUUGCUGGACCUUCAACUGCUUUACAUUUGAAAAAAAAAAAUGAUGAUGAUGAUGAUGAUGAUGAUGAUAUAAAACAUGAUAAUGAAUCUGAUGGUGUGGGGACAGUGUAUAUAGGAUUAUCGGGUCCCAAUGGUGAUUCAUCAACUAAUUAUCAUACCGGUAAAAGUGAUAGAAAUGUAAAUAUGAGUGAAUUUGCAAAAUUAGGUUUACAAUUCUUGCUAGAACAAUUGCAACUACAAAAAUAA